GCUUCACCCAGAGCUGUGAACCUCCAAUGACUAAGCCAUGCCUGGCAGCCACGCAGCACAUUUGCAUUUAUCUGGUUUUAUCCUGGAUCUGUACGUUUGACCUGCAGGGUUCAGAAGUUCUGUGGGUGUCUCGGAGAGCGGCUGAAACAUGGCACAAGUCCAGAGGAUGCAGAAGAAGACCAGCACCAUGUCUCUGACCAUCUCCUCCUCCUCUUCUGUUUCUUCCUCCCGAGAGAUCUCCUCCUCCUCCUCUUUGGCUCAGAGACACUCCAGCCUGGUGCAGCCGCUGUGUGUCGACCCUCAUAGGACUCAAAGUCCCGUCUAUAAUCAGCAGAAUUCAGGGAACGGAGUCGCUCCCACUUUUGUUAAGUGCCUCCAUGACGUGUCCACAGUGAAGGGUCAGCUGGUGGUCCUGGAGUGCCGCCUGAGAGGGACCCCCCCUCUGCAGGUCAUGUGGUACAGAGAGGAUAAACAAAUUUUAGACUCGGAGGACUUCAGGAUCCUGCGCAAGAAGGCCAGCUCUGCCUCAGUGCCAGAGGAGCUGUGUACUCUGGUGAUCACUGAAGCUUUCCCUGAAGAUUCGGGUUUAUUUAAGUGUGUAGCUCUUAAUUCCUUUGGCAGUGUCUCCUGUUUGGCCACUCUGGAGGUUUUCAAUGACCUGGAGGAGCAGCUGGAGUUUGAGGCCAUGCAGCAGCAGCAGGAGAGAAUUUCUCACAGACAAGAAAAAGUGAAAGACAGCUCACUGGAGACUGCGUCGUCCAGGCAGAGCUGCGACGACUUUCCUCCUGAGCUGCCAAACCUCAUGAACCUUCCUCCUCCAGAGUGGCCUGACAGUCCUUUGGAUGACAACAGCUUUCCAGAUUACUACCAGUCCCUACCGGUCAAACCGUCCUCUGAAGAACCUCAUGGUUACAGCGAGGAAGAAGACGUCCAGAGUCCAAACCGACAAAGGUCACCUGAGAUCCUUUUAGGAGUCUCUACGCCGAGUCCCCCUCCUCCACCUUCUCCACCUCCAGAAGCUCAAGUGAAGGAGAAAGCUCCAGCGGCCAAACUGUUCACCCCAAGCAAGCUCAGCUUCUCUUCCUCCCAGUCAGGAGGCAACAACAUGAACCUGUCGGACCUCCCCACCUUCACUCCCAGCGCCUUCCCCCCCAGUGCCUUCAACUACGAGCGACCGCGGCAUUUUAUCCAAUCACAGCCGGCCUUUCAGGCUCCGAGCUACGACAGUGUUCUACGGGACGCGCAGGAGAACCACAGCAGCCCGCAGAACCUCAAUGGAGCCCAGCUCAGUCACACUGAUGGUUCAGUCAAAGCUUCACAAGCCCAGACGCUGCCAAAGUCCACACUGCAGUCUCAGUUCCAGUCCCUUAGUCUGACCCAGAACCAGUCAGCCACCCAGAACCAGUCGGUCAGUCACUCCCAGAUCGAAAACCAGAUGGUCAAUCACUCCCAGAACCAGUCGGUCAGCCACGCUCAGACCCAGUCGGUCAGCCACGCUCAGAUCGAGAACCAGUCGGUCAGCCACGCUCAGACCCAGUCGGUCAGCCACUCUCAGAACCAGUCGGUCAGCCACUCUCAGAACCAGUCGGUCAGCCACUCUCAGAACCAGUCAGUCAGCCACUCUCAGACCCAGAACCAGUCUGUCGGCCACUCCCAGAUCCAGAACCAGGUGGUCAGCCAAUCUCUGAUCCAGAACCAGGCCAAUGGAACACGGAAGUCCUCUCCAUCUUCCUCCAGCCUCAGCUCCCCGACCUCCACCCCAGCUUUCUCUGCUGCACCUCCUCCUCCUCCUCCUCGGUCUUCCUCCCCCACCCCCAUUAACACGUCCUCCCUCCCUCGCUCUACUGUGCGCUCCACCAUCACUCUCACUCCCAGAGUUCCUAGCGCCACCGGCCUCGGCAGUGCCACCCUCCCAGCCAAUCAGGACGCUGUGUCCGCCUCCGCUGCGUACCUCUGUUCGGUGCUGCCCUCCAACUCUUCCAAGUUAUCUCCCAACUCCUCUUUUCCCCACGCCUCCAUCUCCCCCUCCCGCUCCCCACUCUCUCCCUCCAGCCCCCUCCUCCCGCUGAAGACAUCGUCCUCCUCAUCCUCCCUCCCUCAGCAGCUUCCACCUGUCUCCCCUUCCUUCCCUCACUCCCCCCUUUCUCCCUCUUCCUGGUCACAACACGACACUCCCCCCAGCCGGAACAGGGUGACGCCUGCCGUCGUUUCUCUGCCUGCCAGUUACAAAGGGACGCCAAACAGUAUUCCCAAACCCAUCCUGAAGAAGUCCAUAGCACCUCGACCCUCUUCGUCCCGCUCCACAGACGAAGACAUCCAGGGCUCCAAAGACGCCCUGAUUCAGGAUCUGGAGAAGAAGCUUCGCUCUAAGGAAGCCCGGAGGAGACACAGCCAGAAACUCUCCUAUGAGGAGCGAAUGGCUCGAAGGCUGUUGGGUCCAGAAAAUGCGACUUACAUGUUCGACCAAGACAACUACCAGUAUUCAGACUCACAAACUGAGCAGUCUGAUCUGCUGCAGCCAGAUUCUCCUGAAGGAAGACACACCGGUGGACUGUGGGGCCGGCGCCACUCGGGGACGGACAGGAGGAGCAAUGAAGGCUCGGCGAUCCAGGAGAAAUGUUACGCUCCUCGCUUCCUGCAAACCCCUCCAGACCUGACGGUGGAGGAGGGACGCUUCUGCAGGAUCGACUUCAAGGUCGGAGGACUCCCAACUCCAGAUGUUUCCUGGUACCUGGACGGGAAAGCCAUCCGUCCCGACGACUACCAUAAGAUGCUGGUGUGCGAGAAGGGGAUGCACUCGUUCAUCAUAGAGAUCGUCACCGUGCAUCACGCCGGCGUGUACGAGUGCGUGGCCAGGAACCGGGCCGGGGAGAGCCGGUUCACCAUGAGACUGGAUGUUCUGGCUCAGGAAGUUCUCCGUCCUCCCAGCUUCGUGCAGAAGAUGCUGAACACUCGAGCUCUGGAGGGGGACUCGGUCCGGUUCGAGUGCAAGGUGGACGCCUCCCCUCCCCCACAGCUGCACUGGAAGAAAGACAAGGACAUGCUGCGCAUCGACCCCAGCAGGAUGAGUCUGUACCAGGACGGCUCGGGACGGCAGUGUUUGCUGAUCGAGAGGGUGGUGAAGGCGGACGCGGGCUGGUACACGCUCUCCGCCAUCAACGAAGCUGGCAUGUCCACCUGCAACGCCAGGCUGGACUCGAACCACCCCGCCUGUCAAAACGGCGCCCCCUGGCUCAAAGACCCUGAAGCUGCUGUCCUCGGUGAGCAUUCCCGCUCUGACGGUGGAGAGCCCCGCCCAGCACACCGCGCCGCUGUACGAGAGCGAGGAGCUGUAAGGUCCCGGCUUCACGCCGCUCCUGCACUUACCCACAUCCAACAGGAGAGGGCGCUUGAAUCCGUAAAGGACAGGUACGCUUUGCUUAGGAGGGACGACAGAACCCCGGAAACAAAGGUGCAAUCAAACCUGAGAUGCUGCUCGCUUGACACUUUUCUAACCCAUCUUUGAAGGGUUCAGGACUCCUGUGGUUCAGUCCUGCUGCAGUUUGUCGUUAGGCCAGAGGAUGGCGUGCUUUUGAAUGUGUUGAAGCUCCAUUUGUACAAACAGAAAGUCUAGUGUGUUUUUGUGAGUCAGACUUUAGUGUUUCCAUCCUCACUUUUCUGCACUCUUUCAUCCUCACGUUGUUUUAGUGUGAAGAAACCUGUCUGAAGGGCGAGUGCUACACCUGAACCAUGCUUUAUAUGAUGGAAGUCAUUUUAACUGGAUUUAAAUAUGAUAUGGAAAGAUUAACUUCACCUUCAUUCUGAAUGGUAGCGAGUUCAGCUCUUUUAACCAGCUGUGAUGAAAGCGUUCAGCUUAGCGGUCUCUGUGCUAAAAGCACAAAUAAAAGUAGAUUUUUAGAAGCG